AUGUGGAAAUGGAGUGUGCGCAGAUGGGCGGGUGCAAGAGUAAACACUAGCAGGAAGCAAUUGACUAUAAUUAGUGUUGGAAGUAAACACUUAUCGACAGCAAGAAUUUCACUGUCGAAGGUAAGAAAUAUAGGAAUUAUAGCCCAUAUCGAUGCAGGUAAAACUACCACGACAGAGAGGAUGCUUUACUAUGCGGGAAUCUCGAAGCAUAUUGGAGACGUCGAUACUGGAGAUACAGUGACUGAUUUUUUAGAACAGGAGAGAUCACGAGGUAUUACAAUUCAAAGUGCUGCGAUUUCAUUCCCCUGGAGGGACUCUUUUGCAAUAAACCUUAUUGACACGCCAGGACAUAUAGAUUUCACCUUUGAAGUGAUUAGGGCAUUGAAGGUCAUUGAUUCAUGCGUGGUCAUUUUGGAUGCUGUUGCCGGUGUGGAGGCACAAACAGAGAAGGUUUGGAAGCAAAGUAAGUCGAAGCCCAAGAUCUGCUUUAUUAACAAAAUGGAUCGUAUGGGGGCCAGUUUCAACCAUACAGUUAAUGAUUUGAUAAAUAAAUUUAUGAAGGGAACAACUACUAAACCAGUACUGGUAAAUAUCCCGUACUAUAAAAAACAACCGGCUAGCAACGAUUAUAUUUUCCAAGGUGUCAUUGACGUCAUAAAUGGGAAAAGAUUGACCUGGAAUUCAGAAAAUCCUGAUGAAAUUAUGGUUGAUGAUUUGGAUAGCACUUCUCUUGAACAAUGCAAUCGUUGUAAAGAAUCAAUGAUAGAAACUUUGACCGAGUACGAUGAAGACUUAGUCCAGCACUUCCUAGAAGAAGCAGAAGGUGAUUACUCUAAGGUUUCAGCACAAUCUUUGAACACUUCAAUAAGAAAACUGACUAUGAAAAAUAUGAUUGUACCUAUCUUGUGCGGUGCAUCGUUUAAAAACAUUGGCAUACAACCUCUAUUAGAUGCUGUUGUUAAUUAUCUCCCUUCACCCAUUGAAGCCGAACUACCAGAGCUGAACGAUAAGAAUGUUCCAAUGAAAUAUGACCCCAAAGUUGGAUGUCUGGUAAACAACAAUAAAAACCUCUGCAUCGCCCUUGCAUUCAAAGUGAUUACGGAUCCGAUCAGGGGUAAACAAAUAUUCGUUAGGAUUUAUUCAGGUACACUAAAUAGUGGCAAUACCGUUUAUAAUUCUACUACUGGGGAAAAAUUUAAAUUGGGCAAAUUACUUGUACCCCAUGCAGGAACAUCACAACCUGUAAAUGUUUUAACUGCGGGCCAAAUAGGACUACUAACCGGAUCCACAGUUGAAAGCAACAUAUCUACUGGUGACACAUUAAUAACGCAUUCGUCGAAGAAGGAUGGUUUGAAGUCGCUUAAUAAAAAAAAGGAGCUAACGUUAAAAAUCAAUUCUAUCUUCAUCCCCCCACCGGUUUUCGGCGUUUCCAUCGAACCAAGAACUUUAAGUAAUAAAAAGUCAAUGGAGGACGCUUUGAGCACAUUAAUCACUGAAGAUCCCAGUUUGUCAAUUUCUCAAAAUGAAGAGACUGGCCAAACAGUUUUAAAUGGUAUGGGUGAGUUGCAUCUCGAAAUUGCCAAGGAUCGAUUGGUUAAUGACUUGAAAGCAGAUGUUGAAUUUGGUCAAUUAAUGGUGUCCUACAAAGAAACAAUUAAUUCAGAAACAAAUGUAGAAACGUAUGAGAGUGAUAAUGGAUAUAAAUUCUCUUUAUCUGUGUUCCCAAAUGCCGAUGCCCUUCCUAACUGCAUUAGAUAUCCUAUAGGAAUCAACGAUAAUUAUUUGAUAAUGGAAAAAAAUGGUAAAUGGGAUAAAGAAUGGAAAUGCCAAGUCUCUCUGGAGUCAAUUUUAAAUUCUAUUAUAGCAAGUUGCAUUGUGGGACUUCAGAGAGGCGGAAAACUAGCUAACUUUCCACUGUAUGCAUGCUCUAUCAAAAUCAAUAGCGAUUGGUCAGUGCCACCAGAUAUUGAAACUCCACAAGAAAUCUUAAAGAUUACUAGAAACCUAAUUGUCAAAGCCCUUAAUGACUUGCCACCUGAUAAGUACGUACUUCUGGAACCCAUCAUGAAUCUGGAUCUAACGAUUCCUCAAUCAGAUGUUGGUACCGUACUGCAAGAUUUAACAGGCGCAAGGAAAGCCCAAAUUCUUUCUAUCGAAGACGAAUCAAGUCCGGCAAUUUCUGGUACACCCUCUUUUAAUUCUUCGGAGAAUAACGAUAGGAUAUAUAUCCCCUCCGAUGUUAUUACAACCUUGCACGCAACCCAAGAUAAAAGGAAAACGCAAGACACCAAUUGUAAUAUAAGAAAGAUCAUAAAAGCUAAAGUGCCACUAAAAGAAAUCACAGCCUAUACCAACAAGUUAAGGAGCUUAUCACAAGGGAGGGGUGAAUUUAAUAUUGAAUAUUCUGGUAUGGAGAAAGUUACUAACGAUCGUUUACAGUCAAUACUUCACGACUUGUAG